AUGGGUUUCCCUUCUUCAGCUGUUGAUAGUGCGGCUCUUACGUCGAGCCAAGUUCAGACUGAGAUCAGUGUUUAUGAAACUGAAUCGUACUCGAGGAGGAUAUCCGAGCUCGAGGAUCAGAAUGGAGGCCUCCAGAGGAUGAUUGAUAACUUGACAAAUAGGAUCCAAGAUAUGCAGGAAGAGGUUCGAGAUUCGCAGACCGGAUUGGCUGAGCAAGAAGAGAGAACCGAAGUGCUAGAGGCAGAGGCGCUGAAGUUGAAGAACCAGAAGCAAACGCUCAGGAUGAGGAUCAUCGAACUGGAGGAGAUGGAGGGGGAGAGACUGGAGAGCAUGCAUGAUUUAAUGGUACAAACGGAUGAAGCAGUGGAUGAGCGGGCAAUUCUGUUGGAAGAGAAGGCGGAAGGGCUGAAUAUCCAAGUUUCAGAAUUGCGGGAAAUGGUUGAGGCCGUUUCUACUGAGAAGAGAGCUGUUGACACGAGGCUCCUUGAAACAAUGGAUCAAGUUUCUCGCUUGGAGGCAGCGGUGGAAGCCGGAGAACGUUCCAGGGAAGAUGUUAACUCUCAGCUUCAGGACCUGGGUAAGAUGAUAGAGUUGUUGAGGAAGGAGAUCACAAUCUUGGAAGCUGAGCGGGCUGAGAUAGUGGCAGAAAUUGACGAAUUAAGAGACCAGCUGGCGACCUUAGAACGCGAGAUUGGGGAAUUGCGUGUCGAGAACGUUGGAUUAAAGCAAGAAGUCAGCAUCCAAACGGAGAAGAUAACAGGGUUGGAGCAAACUGUCGACCACUUUGAGAAAGAUAAAGCCGCUCUUCAGGAGAGUCUUCAUCUGCUCGAACUUGACAUAGAGACACUUGAAGAGGCGGCUAAAGUUGUUGAGGAAACCAAGGACCGUCUGGAGGACGAGAUCGAGGUUCUUCGUGAUGAGCUUAAAUCCCAAACUAAUGCUACGGAAGCUGCGCAAAAAGCCAGUGAAGCCUUCCAGAGAACGAUAUCGGAGCUCCAUUCGCAGGUUGGCUCUCUCGAAAAAAUGAUUGAACUAUCCAACCAGGAGAAAAAGAGCUUUCUUCACAACAUUGAUGCCCUCCAGGUCCGAGUAUCGGAUCUUGAACAACAACAUAGGAUCUCUGGGGACGACAAGGGAAAUUUGGAGGCUCAGAUUUGUCGUCUGAAUGGCCAGAUCCACAAGCUCGAAGAAGCGGUUGAAGUUUCGGAGACAGAUAAGGAAAUUUUGGAGAAUACUGUUGAAGACCUUCAGAAUCGGGUUUCUCAACAUCAAUCCGCCCUCGAAAAUGCUGGCAGUAACAAAACACGUCUUGAGAGUGAUAUUGCCCAACUCACAUCUCAGGUAACCUCACUACAGGAAGCUGCGAUCGCCUCCAAUUUAGAAAAGGAGGGUCUAGAGCGUGAAAUCGAUUUUCUCCAGAAGCAGGUAUCAGCAUUUGAGGCGACCGUCAAGCUUUCGGAUGACCUAACGGCAGAUCUUGAAAAGGAAAUCCUUAGUCUCAACACUCAAAUCGACAUGUUUAAACAGGCUGAGGAGGCGGUCAAGAACGAGAAAGAGCAGAUGGAAAUAAACAUGAGUGGAAUGAUGGCUCGGAUCCAAGGCCUAACCAGGGCGGGCAAGAUUGCGCAAGAAAAGAAAGAGGAUCUCGACAGAACUAUCGCAAGCUUGAAUUUACAGAUUAGCAUUCUGGAGGAGGAGCGAGAUGAUGCCCAAGCCGAGAAUAGCCGUCUAAAAUCAGAAAUCGCCGAGUGCAAGGAAGAAAUUGCUACUUUGACUAGUAUGCUUGAUCAUUCAAACCGGGAGAGGGAAUCAUUGAAACAGAAUAUCGAAGAGUUGGAGGAGAAAGUCGUUUUUCUUGAGGACGUAGUUCAAGAUGCUCACGGAGGUAACACCAGUCUACGCCAGGACAUCAAUGCUCUCAAUGCCGAAAUUAGAACCUUGAAGCAAGCGUCCGCUCUCGCCGAUGAAGAGAAGUCCAUGAUUCAACAAAAGAUCCGACCAUAUAUCCAUGGCGAGCAAUCUCUCGAUAUGGCAGUAGAGGAGGUCUUGACGGAGUUGGUUAUGGAGAGGAACCGCGCGGACGAAAACGAGCGACUCCGUACUGAAUUAUCCAAGAAGAUUAAGAUACUGGCCCAGACGGAUGAGGGGAUGAAUAUGGGCUCCCUCAAUCCCGAAGAGACGGUGGAGAGAUUGACGGACCGCUUUAGAGAAGUUAGAGGUUACGUUGAAAACCUGUAUUCUCAGUGUGCCCAGAGCGAGAAUUCACCUUUUGAAGGUCAUGAAUUAGAUGAUUUUGCCUGGACCGGCUCAAAUGAAGAUGCGUUGGAAGUCCUGAGGAGUCUAGUUGGGGGGCUGUACGAAAAGGUGAGUGAGGCGCAAGCCCGGACAGUUGAGGUGGAGAAGGAGAAGGAGAAGGAGAGAAAACAGCGCAGUCUCUAUGGCCAGUAUCUGGAUGAUAUUGCGAUCGCUGUUGGAGUUGAGGGGGAGCAAUUGCCGGCUGAGGAGGGCGUCCCCGGGUUGGUUACGCUCCGUCUUUCCGAACUUAGGCAGCAGAUUGGAUCCACUGGAGAGAAAGUUGAGGAGCUCCAGGUUUCGAUACAGCGCAAGAAUGAUACUCUCAAGUCCAUGGAGAUGGAUAUCGAAGAGGCCGGUGAACGUGAAGCUGGUCUUAGCAGAAAGCUUGGAGAUGCCGCUGCCGCUCAUGAGGCCGCCGCUCUUCAACUGAAUCGUGCCCAUGUCCAGAUCGAGGGACUCAAUCAAGUUAUUCAAGAUAAAGUUGCUGAAAUUGAGGAUUUGGGAGCUGACCUCGAAGCAAGCUCUGAGAAUGAACGCCGCCUUCUCGACACGAUUGACCAGCAAGCGUCGGAGCACGAUAUCACUGUCCGCGAGCUCGAGGGGAAACGCGGGGAAGCGAUUGCCCGUCUCAAGGAACUUCUGGAAGAGAAGGUCCUAGCGAAGACAAGGGCAGAGCACAUGGUGGCAGAGAAGGCAAAAGACAGUGAAAUCAUCCGGGAGCUUGAGGAGCAAGCCGCUGGCUGGAAAGCACAGUAUGAUGCUUUGAAUGUGAGGCUCGACAUGAUGAAGGCAGAUCACGAGGACAAGGUUGCGCAGCUUAAGGACACAAUUGCCGGGAAUGAGGGAAAAAUUAGUUCACUUUCGGAGGAGCUUCGUGAAGCCCUUGAGAAAAGUGAGCGCGAUAUAUCUGCUCUUGAGGAUCAAUUAAGAUCUGCGCGUGAUGAGAUCGCCAAUCAGAAUUCAGCUUUGAGCAAGGUUUCUGCAGAACGUGACGAGUUUUCCAGACAGCUAGAGAUGGAGAUUUUGAGCAGCCGAGGUGCCGUCACGGGCCUAGAGAAGAGGAUUAGUGAGAUCAAGAACGAGUUUCAACUUCAGCAAUCCCGUGACCAUAACCGUCUCUCAGAUCUUAAGUCCGAGCUCGAAGCCCAUAAAACGAAGUCACUUCAGGAGCAGGAGCAUUCCCGAGCGGAGAUCCACGCACGCGGCGAGGUGAUUAGAUCGCACAAGGCUCGAAUCUCGGAACUCGAAGCAAUGCUUAACGAGACCGAAGAAUCCGAGGCGACACUUGAAGAGGGCAUCAAGUCCUGCGAGAGUCAACUCCAACUAUCCUACGAGGAAACUGCCAGGAUAAAGGAAGCCUUGGAAACCGAGAAGGACAAAUUGAUGGAAGAGCUGGCCGAGCUGAGGAUCGAGAUAGAGCGGACCCGCGCAAACCUAACAAGCGACAUCGAAGGCCUCCGAACGAUUCUCGAGGGUAAGGAAGUCCGAAUCAACGACCUCGAAGCCGUCGUUGGCAUCCUCCGCAGCGAGAGGAUCAAGCUUACCGAAACCGUGGGAGAGCUCGAAGCGGAGCAGAUCAGAUACCAAGACAUGCUCGAGUCAGAGCGACAAUCCGGACUCGAGGCUGUUCAAGCGCUCAGUCACCAGGCGGAGAAAUAUAUGGUUCGGUUUGGCGAAGUUAAGCAGCAGUACAUUCGUGAAAGUGCGAAGCGUCAGGCUGAGGGUAAGAAGGCGAACAAGAGGCUUAGAGAACAGGACGAUGAGGUGGAUAAUGAUGCCGCGGACAUGCCCCUUCAUGCUCCUCCUACGCCUGCGUCGACUAUACCGAGGCCUUUGAGCGUGACGCAUAGCGCGAAGAAAAGGGAGAGCAAGAGGAGAAAGUACGAUAGUGGCAUCGGGGUUGAAGAAGAGGAGGAGUGCACGUCUGUGGUGCCUGCUUGAGCAUGAAUGAAAGGGAGUUUACCAUUUUUGGUCAUUGGAA